AGGUCUAGGCUUCAGUAUCGCAGGAGGUGUGGGCAAUCAACACAUCCCUGGAGACAACAGUAUUUAUGUUACUAAAAUUAUAGAUGGAGGCGCAGCACAGAAAGAUGGACGUUUGCAAGUAGGAGACAGACUACUAAUGGUAAAUAACUACAGUCUAGAAGAAGUAACACAUGAAGAAGCUGUAGCGAUAUUGAAGAACACUUCAGAUGUAGUUUAUCUAAAAGUUGGCAAACCAACCACCAUUUAUAUGACAGAUCCUUAUGGCCCACCUGAUAUUACUCACUCUUAUUCUCCACCAAUGGAAAAUCACAUUCUCUCUGGCAACAAUGGCACUUUAGAGUACAAAUCUUCCCUGCCACCUAUCUCUCCUGGAAGGUACUCGCCAAUUCCAAAGCACAUGCUUGUUGAGGACGACUACACCAGGUCAGUCAUCCUUGUUGCUUAA